GCACCCUGAUGCCCUUAGCCCCGUUUUCUCUGCGGGCAGGUCAGCCGAAGCGACCCGGGAGCUAAAACCAACGUUACCGCAUCGACUUUCCGGCCCCGCAUUUAGCAAUUCCCUUCGCUCCACCCUUUCCCCGCCUCCCUUCGGCUCCUUGGUUUAGGCAGAGGACCCGAAGCGAGGCAUUGUGGGAAACUCCCAGUCGCUUCCACCGCCCUCUCCCGUCCAUCCGUUCCUCCUUUCUGCGGAGCAUCUGGCUUGCGAGGUGUGACAUCAGCAGCCGGCAGCCCAAGGUGGGAGUGAAGGAAUUAUACUAUGUUCAGGCAAGAUAUCCUUUGAUCAACACACCUUUUGGAGAGACAGAACCGCAGCUAUCCCAAGGUCCAGAAGUGAGAGGCAGGUCCUCUCUUUGGGCCAAAGGAAGAGAGCCAUCUCAUCAGCUGGCUUCACAUCCUUCUGCUUUGUUCUGAGCUGAGUUUAGGUGAUAUAUCCACCCGUUGCCACUCUCAUGAGCAGAAUGGAGUCUAAAGAAAGCACCCGAAGUGGAAACAAGACUGAUACCAAGACUGCUAGCUCAGCAAAGUCUGAGAAACCUCAUUCUGGGCCGGCGGCAAGCGCUGAUAAGAAAGAAGCACCCAAGGAGCAGCCAGCUCCUGCUGCCACCACCCCUGCAAAAAAGGGGGCCACAGCACCCAGCGAGGCAGCCAUGCUGAAUGACCACAGCAAUCUGAAGCCUACCGCAGUGCCAGCAGCCGAGGGGCCUGAGGCAACUGCCCAUCCUGCCAACUCCGAGCAUAAAGAGAACAGUGCAGAAGAGUCGCCAGGGAACACCAUGUUUGAGAACAUAAAGCCCCUGCUCAUCUGUGGAGGGGCAGCAGUAGCUGCCAUAGCUGUGAUCAUAGGAGUAGCCAUCCUAGCUCGAAAAAAAUAGGAAACCUAAGGAAUGCAGGGAACAGAAUUUCCCCUGGGUUGUGUACUGUUCCUUUUGACAUCAGUGCAUGCAAUCACUUCUAUAGAUACUUAUAAAUAUGCAGUAUAUAGCAAGAGAGAGAUAGGUAGGUCUUGCUUAAGGUUAGUAUGCCAGGGUCCUGAAAAAAAAACACCCAACCAGAUUUGUGUUUCCUGGUCAAUAGAUGCUACUUCGUGUUUUCUUUCCAUAACUCCUCCCCAUCCCACUUUUUGGUCAGCUGUAAACUUGGCUCCAGCAUCAUUUUCAGAAUACUUUGCUUUUAGUUGGGCCAUGGAAGAGCAGAGGAAAUAAACACUUUCUCUUCAAGAGGACUCAUCUAGUAUCCUGUAUCCAGCUCACUGAAAUACUUUCAAAGAUGCAUAAAAAGGCAGCAUCUUCACUAAUCUGAAGACCACGUGGUCCCAUCCAGUAUUCCAUCUUUUUUGGUUCAUCGUCAGAGCAUUGAAGUAUACUCUCACCCUAAAUUACAAAGUUCUCUUUGGAAUAGGAGAAGCUAUCAGAGUUCAAGAAGCAAACUUAGCCUACUGACAUUACUAACUAAAGCCCAGAAGGCAACAUCUUGGCUCACCAUCUAUCACACAAUGUCUACAAAGCAUGGUACUAAAUAUAGUUUAGCCAUUGAUUGGAAUAGCUUUGGAACAUAGUAGUCUUUCUCUACCAUUUAAAUGCAUGUUAAAUGCAAUUCUGGCUAUGAAUUGGCCAAGUACCCUUUGUAGAAUUUAGAUACUUUUAAAAAAGUUUUUUUUUUUUUUUUACAAAAAAUCAGAUAUUUAAAUCUAUUUAAAUCUAAAUAUUUAUCUAUUUAAAAUGUUGGGAAGUUGAAAAGCUCAUCCGUGUGUAUGGAUUUUGAACAAAUGCUGAAGCUUCUCCAUAUAAAGUUACAUACCUGUUUGUGCUAUGAAGGGGAGUCAAGAAAAACAACCAACACCAAAAGCGUAAGCAUGUAUAUUUUAUUUCAUCUGGAAUAUGGAUUUAAGAAAAUCUGCAUAUGGAAUAACUGCCCAAAUGCAAGAAUUUGAACCCAAUGGACGAUCUUCAUUUCAACAUUUUAUAAGCUUUAAUUCAAGAUAUACCAGAAGAAUGAUAUAGCCUCAUGUAUUUCAAAUAACAGAUUCGCAGGAGCCAUUUCCCCCCACAACAUUUGAACUGUGAUGCUGAAGAUGAGAAGAAAUUUCCUGUUUUGAAAUAGCCUUGUUGUGUUAGUGGUCUUCUUGAAAUGAUUAAAACCAGAUGUGAAGGGGGGGAGGGGAAACAGUUAUUUGUCUUCAAUAGAUAUACUAAAUAUAUUUCCCUGACAGAAAAAAUCUGGACAAUGGAGCAUUGGUUAUAAUGUAAGAUGACUGAAUGACCAUCCCUUAUUUAGUAGAUUUUUUUUCCUGCUUGGACCAUGCCAGUGUGAAACGGGUGUGUGUGUGGGUGGGUGUAUUAAUUAUACAACACACCUAUACUAAUUAGAUCAGAUUUAGUAAAAGAUCGCUGUUUGUUGUGUGUGUGUAUGUGCGUAUCAUGUUUUCAUCUCAUCAUGUUCAGAAACUAACCUAUAAACUAGAUUUCUUUGUAUUUUUAGCCCCACUCACUUUAAAGUCACAAACUAUAAAUCCAGAAGUAUAGUAAAAUGAUAGUAGUGCCUAGGCCAGUGUUUCUCAACCUUGGCGAUUUUAAGAUUUUAAGACCUCAACGUGGCUGGCUAGGGGGGAAUUCUGGGAGUUGAAGUCCAUACAUCUCAAGAGUUGCCAAAAUUGACAAAUACUGACCUAAACUACAAUUAAUCAUCUCUCUCUUGCAUUUAUGGCUGUGUGAUCUUAUAGGUUAGGUCUAUAAGGGAAUCAUUCACUGGCAGUCAUUGUUUAGUAUCAUGAUACCCCACUGUUCUGAAUAAUUUUUCAGAACCUGCUCCCCAUCUGAAAACCUGUAUUCUUGUGUAUAUGUGUACAAGCUUUCCUAACCCUGCCUUAUUUGAGAAUAUGUGUAUAUACAUUAUAAUUUUUGUAAAGCUACAAAACCUGUAUUCUUUGUAGAAAAGCAGAAUGCAACCAUUUAUCUGCACACCUGCAUUCACACGAAGUGUCUGUGUUUGUGCCACUUGCAUUCCAUUGUACAGUAGCCAAAACCAAGAUUUCCUUCCAAUAAACAAAGAUACAUUUAGCUAAUUGAUGAAUGUAUAAUAAUCCGUCUUGUGCUUGUAAGGAACCCCUUUGAUUGAUGGGACUGUUGCGUGUACAAAAGAACUUUCUCUGCUUGCCUCUAAUACAUGUUCCCAAACUAUUCUGGAGCAAUUGAUAACAGUCUGGAGCAGGAAAGGGUGAGGAAGGAAGAAUCUAUUCUGCCCAAAGAAUGGCAUCAACAGAUAUUUCUAAAUCUAAUUUGAUGGUGUAAUUGUGUGAUAACAUGUGCAAGCUUAUUUCUCUCUUGAGAUUUAAGGUAAACCUAGUGGUGGUAUAUCAUCUUUGCCCCUGCCCCAAAUUGAUCCUUAGAGAAAUAAUAGUGAUGCAGAACAGGGCUAAUUUGCUGCAUGUGUUCUUGUAUACUCCACAAAUACAUCUCCAGUCUAUUUCACUGCAGUAAUAAAUACAGCAAAUGCUUCCUCAUUCUUUCUUUGAACAAUGGACAUCUGGAAAAUGUGUUCAUUUAUGUAGGCCAAGCUCAGUGAACUUGUGCUUUAUGGAAAUGGGCAACUUCUUGCAGUAGAAAGGCUAGUUCUGUCUCAAUUUGGUAAGCAAUGUCAUGCAAGCUUUUGAAUGUGGUAUCACAAACAUUUGUGUUUCUUUUAAAGGUGAACAAAUCGGCAUGAACUGCAUCCUGAUUUGUGCAACCCCUCAUAUGUCUUGUCUCCUUACUUAGUGGCUUUUGGUUGCUUGUUGGCACCAGGGAAAUUGCUGCUAAGUUUGACAUUGGCAUAUCUAAUAUUAUCUAUACUUCAUAUAGUACAAUAAUCCCAUGUAAGCAUUUCUCUAGUUCCCAGGCUGUUGAUACACUUCUAUUAUCAUUAAUGAUAAAGUAACAAAACACUUCCUUCAGAAGGCUAGGCGUCUUCAACUGGGCCCCUUGUAUGUCUUGAGAGAAGUCAGGAUGACUUAUAUUGGUUUUUUAUGGAUCCCCCCCAAUUUCAAUCUUUGCCAUACUGCUAUGGGCAAAAUUGUAUUGUUUCUGUAUAUUGUUGCAGAUCAACUGGAUUAUUAUACAAGUCAUCAACUAACUGGUUUUAUACUUGGUAUUUUUACUCUUUCCCUACCCCUCCAAAUUUACAUACCAGCUCUUCUCCACUGUUUAAAUUGAGAAUGAAUGGAUCAGGGCAAUUCUGUGAGCUUUAUGGACAAGAAAAGUCUAGAACUUUGGCUCUCAAGAUUCAAUAUUACACUGUUUUUUUAAAUACAGUGCAAUCCUCAGAAAGUACAUGCUAGAGUAAAUUGUGUUGACUUAGGUUCUUUUUACAAAAUAAGUGAGUGCAGCUUUUUCUGUGGGUAGGAAAGGGUCAGCUAAUAUUAAAUAUCUGCUCCAACUGGGCACUUCCUAUAUCAAAUGGCACGUAAGAGUAUACAUGCAGCUGGAGCUAAGGUUAAGACACGACAGAUGUGAAAAAUAAUUGGACACUUCUCCUUAGUUAUCACAGAUAGUUUUGUUGCCAAUAUUGGAACUGUCAUCCUUGCCUCCAUCUUUAAUUUUAAUGUAAUGGAAUUGGGGAAACUGACCUUGAGACAGUCUUUGAACACUGAGAAGACGUGGUAGCUUCAGCAAAUUCAUUAGCAAACUGCCGUAAUAGCAAAAUGUGUCAUGAUAUCAUUGUAUAAGUGGUGCAGUAAUGUGAUGAUGUCACAAUAUCUGUGAUAUCUGUGAAUAGCUAAGUCACAGCCUUUGUAUUUGUAUGAUGAUGUCGAUGCGUCUGUCAUUCUCUCUCCACCCAAUCUACCCUGUGGAUGCCCAUGUAUAACCUGCUAACAAAGGAAUUCACAUUUAAUGUAAGUCUAUCAUGUAUUAUCAAAAAUCCACAUUCAGUAGGCCAAACUUCCUAUAUGUGCUUAUUUGGUGCAGAAUACAUCAGUUGUUCUCAUUUUUAUGGAGAUGAUACAAAAGUUUUCAUUCUGCAUAUACAGUUGGAAAGACAGUUCCCUUACAUCCCUUCUUUGUUCCUGUACAGCCUCUUAGUACAAAAUAUUAAGACAUGGUAGCAAUCUCAAUUUGGCCAUAAGCAUGUAUCACUAGAGUCAGGGAGAUCAGCCCUUUAUCGGCCUUGUACAGGACAUUCAAGAAGGUUGCAUUAUUAAACAUACUGGAACUUAUGCAUGAGUAUUCAAGGUGACACAGCUAUAAUUGCAGCAAUGCUUCAACUGUUAUCAGUAAUUCUUGCUGAUACUUGAAUUCAUUGUGUAAGGUUUUUCCCAACAUCAUAAUUUGCUUUUUUACCUGAAAGAAAGACUCAAAUUUCACUAUUCAGUACUAAAAAUGAGUUAGGGCAAGCUACUCUAUAUUCUUGGCUGGUUUUAAGUAUUGCCCCUGUUCAUAAAAAUGGAUAAUGUUUCUCUCUUUAGUGACUAAAGUGUGAAAAAAGAAAGAGGGAAACUAGUGAAAGGAUAAGAAACUCCUUCUCACCCCAAAAUGCUACUUUUGUUGUAUAUUAAGAUCUGGAUGGUAGUUUUAGAUGUGUGAGGACAAUAAAAUGUAAUGAUAAGAACUAGCGUCUAAAAACUAAAAGUAUUUUAGUUUAGACAAAUAAAUGUACAAAUGGGCAAAUGUUAAGACCAUACUUCUAUCCAAAGUCUUGGCUCUGUCUAUCAUGCAUUCUCCCAUUCUUCUUAUAUCACUCCUUUCCACACACCCCGAACCAUCUAUUAAGAUACCCACUUCAUCUUCUCCACAACACAGAAUCUCCCACACUCUUGCCAAGCAGUCUUUAUUUUAGUCUGACUCCGACGUCAUUUUAAAUUAUGACUGAAUUGUAGUCCGGGAUGAAUGGGGAAAAAAAACAUCGGCUGAUGUAAUCACUUAAUAUUUCUUCUGUUUCUUAAUAUAAAUGUGGCCCAAAACAUCUGGGAUAUGAAAGAUAGUUCUUUUAUAGUUUUCUGUUUCAAUCUCAAAGCCAUGCCUUGAUUAGAAGCUGGCAGCUACAGUUCCAUCAUUAUAUCUCAUUGUGCAGAAUUGAUAAGCGCUACGUAAUGCAAUUAAAAUUGUCUAAUCAGUUGCUAAUUUUUCAAUCAUAGAAGUUUCCCAAGCUACCAAAAAUGCAAGAGGACCCCUUUUGUGAUAUACCCAUGACCUUCUUUGUAAAUGUAUUUGAGGUGAUCUCCCACCCCCUCAUAUUUCUUAUGUCUUUGCCUGUAUUUAUGGUUAAGGGAAGGCCCAAAGUAAUCCUUGUAGAUGGGAAAUGCUAGUUGAUUUAAUCUGAAUGUUUGCUAUCUGCGUCUAGAUUCAUUGAAACAAAACAACAAAAUCAUUCAAAAUGUAAUCCACAGCAAAAAUUGUUUCUUAAAAAUGAUGUAACAUUACUAAAGAGUCUCCCCAUUAAUUUGAGUAGCCUAUAAUAUUAAUUGAUUAUUUCCCUUACUCAACAGGCACACUUAUAUGAACAACUUGAGAUAGUCCUGGGCUAUAACCCACCCAGUUCCGAGAUAUAGUCCAACACAAUUGGAAUAGUCCAACACAAUUGGAAAGAACAAAGUUGGUAAAUGCUAACUUAACAUAUGUUGGCCUAUGCAUAACAGAGAUUAAGGUGUUUCCUUUCUUUCAUUUUGAAGUCAGCUGUUGCAGACUAUCUUUUGUCAAAGCAAAUGUGAAAUAACACCACUCUAAGUUAGAAAAUAAAUCUGAACCUUUUGAAAUCUUCUGAUAUUGCCUAUGCUUCUAUGGACACUUUGUAUGGGCUUCAGCUCAGCUCCUUAAAAUGGCAAAUAAUUUUUCCUUUCCCAUAUAGUAUUCUUUUAUUUGAAUUUUAAAAUGCGUAUAAAUGCAAUAAUGCAGGUAGAGUAGAACUAUUAGACUGAAAAUUAAAGUAGUUUAGCUUGUCCCAUUUGUGACCUACAGUGUUGUAUGACACCCAACACUGUAUCCUAGCAUUCUCAAGGCUUUCCUACGUAGCUGAAUCUAGUCUUAGCUUUGAAAAUUCAUUGUGUGAAUGGUGGGGUGGGUUGACUGGGAACGUGUAUGCUUUACACACCGUAUGUUAUUUGCAUCAGAAGCUACAUAGCCACUCCAUUUUCUAUGGAACUGUAAAUGAUUCCCAAUAUACCUGUAACUAUUAUCAGGAUUGUGUGAAAUAAACUAUAUAUAUCUAUAUAGAUA